GCUUGCGUUAUGCGAUGCGCCCCUUUUAUUCUGUCCGUUCCUGAAAUCCUGACAUGCUGACGUAGAGGCAUAGCUGAUUUCCUAAUUUACUCAUGAGACAAGUUUCGCAACGACUGGAAUGCGAAUCUCGAUAGAUCAGGAUGAUCGUCCAAUCACCUGCCGACAUGAGCGCCUUCGGCUCCGAACGCUUCGGUUCCGUCGCGGAGGAUCCGCUCUUCACGUUCAAAUAACAGCGAGACCUCCGCCGCCUCUGCUCUUCUGCUCGUCUUCGCCAAUCUCUCGUUUUAUUCCGCUGGUAUUUCCCGUCUUACCGACCGAUCGGCGCCGAAGGGUUAUGGUUAUUUCCUGUUUUCGAUGAGCGCCGUGGACCAUUACGUUAUGGCCGACACGCCGACGAGUAAGGUGUCGAAAACUUGCGAUCUGUGCAAAGCACGAAAGGUCCGCUGCACUAGGUCCGGGGAUGACGAACACGCCGCGUGCGAUUAUUGUAUUACUCGCAAGGCCCGAUGCCACUACAGCUAUAUGAAGCCGCCCCGAAAGCGCAAACAACGGACGGAGGAUGUCGAAAGUCCGUCGGGGGGCUCGGAAACCCACUCGUUAGUUAAACGGCCAGCUUUAACCUCCCCCGAACCGGCUGCCAUAUGUCCGUCUAUUCCAGAUGAGACCGUCGCCAAUAAGAAUUCAACCAGGCAGCUGCCACCGCCAUCGGGCAUCACACCGUCGAGUUUAUAUGUUGAUCACCUCCUAGCAAGUCGGCAGACGCCUGCUCGUGGUCGGGAUGAAGAGGUUGUUAAUAAAGUAGCAGAGAUUUUCGGCCCAAGCUCGAAUAUAUCCUUCUUUUCCAAAGCUAGAGUUGACGCACUGAGCGCCCGGCUGGGACAUACGCGGCUGAGUCAACUUCUUGAAACUAUCGGAACUGUUGCCAACUCGAGAACGAAAGGAGCCAAUAAGGCUGCUAAUUUGCCAUUCCUGCGACAACAGAACUUGCCACCGUUGGAACUAUCGGAAGAUGUCUCUACAGCGUGUAUACAAGCAUUCUUUACCCAUGUCCAUCCAGUAUACCCAUUCCUCGAUCAAAAGGCUUUUGAGCAACGACUAUAUGGACACCUACUGUACCCAUCGCUCGAAGCCGACAGGGUUUGGUCGGGAUUAUACUAUGCUGUUUUGGCGCUUGGCUGUCAAUAUAAUGAUGGUGGCAGUUUUGACCCUGGGAAAGGACAGGCUUGGUGUUUCUUUGAGAGAGCUAUGUCCUGCUUCUCAGAUAUCAUCUUCACCAAGGGGUCUUUGAUGGCGAUUCAGGCACUUACGGCGAUGGCCAUCUUUUCGACUAAAUUAUCGGCGUGGCAGUUCGAGGCACUGCUGAUCUCGGAGGCCGCUAGGAUGGCUCAGAACAUGGGAUACAAUCGGAACAGGGGAUCAAAAGACAACCUUUCUCAUCGCGUGUUUUGGGUCCUCUAUUGCCUCGACAAGACAUCUUGUUUUGUUACGGGACGGACAUCCAACAUCAUGGACGCUGAUAUUGGUUGUCCGAUUCCUUAUGUUCCCGAGUCCAUAUUUGGCGACUAUGACUGGUUUCUCACACAUGCGCGCUAUGCUCGACUUGUCUCCCGAAUUUAUAGCACUAUAUUUUCACUCAGCGCGGCUGGCAACUCAUCAAGUUACUACCUAGAUCGCAUACAACAUCUACUGGAAGAGCUUGAGUCAUGGAAAACAUCAAUUCCUGAGAGUUAUCGCCCUGGUGAGCCUCUUCAAGCGAGGCUGAUGCCCGGCCCGGUCGCGGUUUCUGUUGCUUUGCAUACGCAAUACUACUAUUACAAUGCUUUAAUGACACUAUCACGGACUGCUCUCUACCUUGGCGACGGUCCGAAAGAGAUGGGAUUGCAACUACGCAUGAAACGGCUUUUGAUAGAUACAGCUUGCUCGAUCUUGGAGCUGACAAAAUACAUCGAGGUUGCAUCUUAUACAUCACUGUGGGUACUUGCCAUCAUGCCUCUUUCAGCUCUAUUUAUUCUUUUCGAUCAAGCAGUACACAACCCAUUGCUCCCGCAGACCAACACCUAUCUAGCUCUGUUGGAUAUUGCUACCGGGCACUUCAGCCGGCUUGAUUACGCAAGUCAAGGAACAGUUCCGAGCUCUCUUCUGGCUGAGUUCGCGCACAUUGCGCGGCAAUAUAUUCGCGAUCUGCAAAUGAAAGAGUUCGGCCGCGACCGGUAUCAAGUUAUUCAAACAGCGCAACGACGCGAGAGCCACGAUGCAUCAGGAUACGACCAGACGAAGGACGGUGGGGUUCCUAACAUAGCCGGCUCAACCAUACAGCCACAGAUCGCUGCACUAGAGAAUCCUAUUAGCGGUGGAUUUCUAGGCUCUCAGCCCCUUGCUACGCCAAACCCACCUAUUAACCAGACAUCCGGUCUUGUAAUGCAACAGUAUACCCACCAAGAACCAAAUGAACGGCAAACAAGCGAUGCAUCCAAACAGCUCGAAUCUGAGAAGACGAGAGUCGGAAACACUGGAUCGAUGAGCUCUCAGUAUGAGGCUUCGGCGUUGGCAAUGGAGACUAUCUCUGGAGCGAUUGCCUCGGAGGAAUUUCAACUGCUCGGGAUCGACGUCAUGGAUCUUUUUGAUACGAUGAAUUUUACCGGAGAGAUGCCUUGAUUGCACUGGUUUAGAGUAUUACUCGGAUGUGUUUGACUAUGUGUAUAACAAUGAACUGU